AUGUACUCCUUUCCAGUCUUCUUGUACCAGAACGACUGGCGGUAUGAGCCGUCUUCAUUAAAAGCUUCGUUAACGACAUCCCAGGCAGUGCACGAGUUUCCAAAGUGCGUCAUGACCUUGGUGAUGUGGUUGGACAUAGCUUCCAGCAGCUCAGCCUUUUCAAGAACCUGCACCCACUCAGGAACUUGUUUGUGCUGUGGGUCAACAAACACAUUAGUAAAGGGCCAUCGUCGAGAAGUCGAAAGUUACAUACCCAAACUAGCGUGUGGCAGCGAAUUCGAGCUCCUGUUUUAUUGGCGAAAGCAACAAUUUUGUCGGCGUCCUCGAACGUAA